UCAUUUUGGUUGUUUGUUUUUUUGGAAAGAGUUGUGCAUCUCACAAUCGAAAAUGAAUGUAGUGCCUGAUGAUGUGGUGAUCUCGGGGAUCGGGGGUCUUUUCCCAAAGAGUACCAAUAUUGGGGAGUUCAAAGAGAGGCUCUUUUCGAAUGAGAGUCUUUUGGAACAAAGAUUCGAAGAAGGUUCUUUUAAAAAUGCCAGUGGACUUGUUGGAUGUAUCAAUGCAGAUAUGUUUGACCACUCCUUUUUUGGUAUUCAUAGACAACAAAGUUUGUAUGCUGAUCCCAUGCACCGUUUGGCGUUGGAAAGAGCCUUGGAAGCGUUAGCUGACGCAGGAAUCCACCCUUCUGAGUUUAGGGGAAGAAGAAUUGGUUGUUUUAUGGGUUCUACUGUUGGAGAAGACGACCACUUGUUUAUGGAAUCUGUAGUCAGUGGAUUUGGUAUAACUGGCCAUUCAAGGGCUAUGUUGGCCAAUCGUAUUUCCUAUUUUUUAAAUCUUAGAGGUCCAAGCGUGGCCUACGAUUGUAACUGGAUAUCAGGUAUGGAAGUCCUCCGUUUAGCAUACUGUGCUAUUAAAUCAGGACAAUGCGAAGCGGUUAUUGUUGGAACGACAAAUUUAGCAUCACUUAGAGAGUUUCAUGAACUGUACGAAGAUCUAGGUCUUCUAUCAAAAGACGGAAGUACUAAAGCUUUUGAUGCAGAUGCUGAUGGAUAUGCGCGUAGUGAAGGAGUUGUGUUACUAGUUAUUCAAAAAUCUUCUGAAUGCAGAAAACAAUACGCCAGUAUUGAACACAUAGCUACACGGUUUGAUGGAACAACAGCAGACCGGUUUAUGGCCGUCGAUGAAAAUAAUAUGGUUGAGUUUUUGGAGGAUUUCUACGAGAAAUGUAGGAUUAAGCCAAAUGAUAUCGAGUAUCUAGAAACUUAUGGAUGCGGAGUAAAGGAAACCGACAAACGAGAACUUAAUGGCUUAGCAAGAGUAUACUGCAAGGACAGACCAAAACCUCUUUUAGUCGGUUCUGUCAAAACUAUCACAGGACACGCUGAAGCCUCAUCUUCUCUAUUUUCAAUAGUAAACGCUCUUGUAGCUCUAGACAGCGACUGCAUUCCAGCCACGCUUCAUUACAGCAAACCCAACCCAGAUAUUAAGGCACUGGUUGAUGGAAAGUUCCAAGUCAAUACUGAAAACAAAAAGUGGAAACCAACUUAUGUAGCUGUCAACGGGUUGGGAAUAAGCUCAUAUUUUGGACACGCUGUCUUUAAGGCUAAUCCAAAAGAGAAGAUUCUUAAGAAACCUGCUUUCCCUGUUUUACUGAAUGCCUCAACCAGAACUGAAGAAGGAAUUGACAAAAUUAUUGAGACGUUGAAGAAGAAACAAAAGGAUCCAGAAUUUUAUAAUUUGGUACACCAGUUCUUCUCCAAGGCAAUCCAAGGUCAUCUUUACCGUGGAUAUUUACUAAUAGAUGGAGAAGAAACUAAAUCUGAGACAGUGAACUAUAUGGGCAACAAAAGACAGGUCUGGUUUGUCUACUCCGGUAUGGGAAGCCAAUGGAACCAAAUGCUGGGCGAUCUAAUGCAAAUUCCACUUUUCGCUAAAUCCAUUAAAAAAUCAUGCGACAUAUUGGCCAAGAAAGGAGUUGAUCUAAUGAAUAUACUAUCUAACAGCGAAAAAACUAUUUUCGAUAAUAUUCUCCAUUGCUUCGUAGGAAUUGCGUCAAUGCAGAUUGCCUUAACCGAUGUUUUAAAAGCUCUUGGUAUCGAACCAGAUGGAAUUAUUGGACAUUCUGUAGGAGAACUGGGUUGCGCCUAUGCCGAUGGCUGUAUGACCCACGAACAGAUGAUUCUAUCCUCUUACUCAAGAGGAAGGGCUUCUAUAGAAGCCACUUUAAUUCCAGGAAUGAUGGCAGCUGUGGGUCUUGGAUAUAACCAGAUUAAAGAUCAGCUGCCUCCUACAAUAGAAGUCGCUUGUCACAAUGGUCCAGACAGCUGCACAAUCUCAGGCCCCGAAAAAGAUAUGGAAGAUUACGUUAAGACAUUAUCAGCUAAGGGCACAUUCGCCAAGUUGGUUAAUGUAGCAAAUAUCGCCUACCACAGUCGCUAUAUCCAACCUGCUGGCCCAUUACUCCGCAAGUAUUUAAACGAAGUCCUUCCUACACCCAUGCCUAGAUCUUCCAAAUGGAUAUCCACCUCUAACUUAGAAGCCAACUGGGAGACAGAUUUAGCUAGACAUUCCUCAGCAGAUUAUCACACCAACAAUUUGUUGAGUUCCGUUUUGUUUGAGGAAGGUAUCAAGCAUAUUCCCAAAGACUCUGUUCUUAUCGAAAUUGCCCCGCAUGGUCUACUUCAAGCCAUUCUGAAGAGAUCUGUUCCGCAGAGCAUAAAUGUUCCUCUCACCAAAAGGGGAUCUAAGAGUGGCACAGAAUUUUUGUUGCAGGCUUUAGGAAAAGUGUAUCUCGCUGGUGUUGAUAUGAACUUAGCCAAUAUUUAUCCCAAAAUUGAAUAUCCAGUAAGUAGGAACACGGAAACAAUAGCCGAUCUUAUACAUUGGAAUCGCUCAGACAACUGGUCAAGAGAUUCGUUGCAGAAGUCUAAAUCUGGAGUAAGAAACUUUAAUCUUACUCUAACUGCUCCAGAAUUUAGUGAUUGUAUGGGACAUAAAUUAAAUGGGCGAUAUGUGUUACCUAUUAGUGCAUUAUUGAAUAUAAUUGUUCAAAUUUCUGGAGAUAUAAAAGGAGCAGCUGGCUUGAAGUUCGAAAACCUACACUUUAGGAAACCUUUGGUGCUUUCCUCGAUAGGUUCAAUACCUAUAAAUGCCAUGAUUCAGCAGGGAAGUGGCGAAUUCGAAAUAUUUUGCUCCGAAAGCGUUCUACUCCUGUCUGGUAAAAUCACCAUCGUCGAAAACGAAGAAGAUAUCGGUUUGGAAAAAACCGAAAUAACUUUGGAUCAAGACAGUUUGAAACUAGAGAGUGAGGAUGUUUACAGUGAAUUUGGACAUAGGGGUUAUGAAUAUAGUAACCUCUAUAAGACAAUAAAGGACUUAACUCUAACAGAAGAAGGUUCUGUAAGUACAGUGGAAUGGAAAGAUCAUUGGCUACUUUUACUCGAAGCCAUCGUGCAGCAGCAAAUUUUCAAUGCCGGAGAACGAAGCCAAGAGAUGCACGUACCAAAGUUCAUACAAAAGAUUACAAUUGUUAAUAACGAUCUGCCUCAAGUCCAGAAAGAUGUGAGCGUUCAUUACGAUUACUCGUCGAGGUUGAUCUAUACAUCUGGAAUGGAAAUUAGUGAUAUGGAGACAGUUCCCUUUGAAUGCAAAUCCGAUGAUUUUAAGAUUAGCAAGAUUGAUAUGGUCCAGUUGGAUAAUAGUGUUUUAUAUAAUAUGAGGGCUGCCAUCGAACUAGCUUUCCAUUUGUGUCUGUCCAAUCACGGUCGGCAAAAUGAAAAGAAGAUAUAUGUUUCUGAAUAUGUGAAUAAAAAAUCGCUUAGCGAAUAUAUCAAACCAGUAAUAAGAGAUUUCCAUAAAUGUAAUAUUAACUAUCUUCCAGUAAGGGAGAUUAGACAGCUUAACACUAUCGACACGUUUGCCAAACUGAUUAUUAUCAAUGAUGUUGUAAGCAAGGAAAUUAUAAAGGUAAUAAAGAACUGUGAUACUGCCUUCCUAUUGGCUAAAGUGGAUCGAACCCAACAACUAGAUCCCGCAAUUGCCAGAGUUGCUUACUUCAGAGUUGGACAAGAUCAUUAUAUGAUCUGCAAAAAGGUGACUGGUGUGAAGCCAAAAAUAAUAAACAUAAAGGAACCAACAAUAAGUCUUUCGGACCUUCAGAAGAAAUCGAUUUCAUGGGUAUCCGAACUGCUCAAGUUCUCCAAGGAAUCCAGUAAACAGCAAAUACCUAUUUUACUCACAACAUCUGCAGUCCCAUCUGAAGGCUUUAUCGACUUCAUCGAAGGCAUCAGAGCAUUACCAAACAUGGAGAACGUACGAAUCUUCUACAAUCUAGACAAAACUCCAGAUCGGGUAAACGAGGUGGUCAAACGAGAUAUUUCGCUUAUGAUUUUGAAUAAGGGUCAAUGGUGGACGUAUAUGCCUUUGGACUUGGGCAAUCAAAACGAGAAACUUAUAGACAGGCAGUCCGAUGCACCUAUAUUAGAAAACAACUCGAUAAGUUAUCUGGGAGUGAACCUGAAAGAUGAGGCUUUAACCCCGAAUAAUAAGGACAAAAACGAAAUCGGAAAUAUUGAUUAUGCUGGUCUAGCUAAGAAUGGCGAAAGAGUUAUGGGUUUGGCAUAUUUGGAUAAAGAAAAUUCGAAGCUUAUUGUUGACGAUGACUUUACUUGGAACAUACCUGCAGGAUGGAACUUCGAAUCAGCUGCUACAGCACCACAUGCAUAUACUUCUGCAUAUUACAUGUUGGUAAUCAAAGGAAGGGUUAAGCAUGGAGACACGGUGUUAAUCCAUUCAGGUUGCUCACCUGUUGGUUUUGCUGCAAUGAACAUAGCUUUUAGUUACGGUUGUCAAGUUUUUGUUACAGUUAAUUCAGAAAGACAAAAAGCGUUUAUAAAGAAGCACUUUGUUUACAUGCAAGCUAGGAACAUAUUGAACUACACCAGUACUAAGUUUGAGACUGAUCUGAUGACCAUAACAGGAGGAAAAGGAGCUGAAGUUAUAUUAAAUUGUCUUUCUGGGAUUCUUCUUAAAAGUUCGUUAAAUUGCAUCGCAAAUUUUGGAAGAUUUAUCCAGUAUGGUAAAUAUGAUAUGGAGGAAGGGGGUAGCAUUGGAAUGUACUGCUUUUUAAGAAACGUUUCGUUUUACUGUGUCGAUUUGAACAAGAUAUUUUUCAAAGAAAAGGAUAUUAAGGUUGAGCUACAUAAGCUCAUUGAAGAAGGAUUGGCUAAUUACACAGUGCGACCGUUGAAGAGGGAAGUUAUAAAGAAGGACGACGUUGCAGAUGUAAUGUCAAGACUUCAGAAUCACGAAACCAUAGGCAAGAUUGUAGUAGAAACAGGCAACACGAUGAAUACCAACAAAAUAAAUUUCAAGGAUCCCAAUCGCUUCAUCUGUAACGCAAAGGACUCAUACUUAAUUUGGGGUGGAUCUGCCAACCACUGGUCCCACAUCGCAGAAUGGCUCGUCCAUAGAGGAGCUAGGAAAAUAGUAAUUGCAAGCGAAAGCAAACCGAAAGAGAACCAUCUCAACAGAAGACUGCAAUUCCUCCAGACCUAUUACGGCGCUGAUUUAAUAAUGGCACCCAGCAGAAUUCAGACUAAAGAACACGCUCAGAAUUUGGUCUCCGACGUUCAAAACUUUGGAAAUCUUCAUGCUGUGUUUGCACUUUCGCAGUCGAUGAGUAUUUCUGCUACUGAGAGCGAGUCUGUUGAACUUCUCGAAAAGGCUUUGGAAAGAAUCGCGCCUAAAGCUAUAUUGAUUAAUUUUGUAAAAUCAGCAUCAGGAUUGUGUUAUAUCAGAGGACCUGAUUAUCCUACAUACAAUAUUAACGUCGAGAGUGAAGAAGAUGUUAAAGACGCUAUAGUUUUUCUGGAUAAGGUUUUAUGCUACCAAAUAAGUAACCUGUCGUUAAGAAGAGAUACAGAGUUGGAAGAAAUACAAGGAUCAGUUAAGAGCGUUAUAAAAGAUGUAACUCAGCUACUUCCAAGUGAACAGGAGGUCAUACGGCUGCAAAAGAACGCAUCUGAUGAACCAGAAUUCGUACAAGUGCUAACGGAGGGACCUCUAGAAAUUCGAGAAUUAGCACCCCUCUUUGUAAUACCUGGAUUAACAGGUUUCGCGGAAUUAGAGCAAAUGCUGAAGCACAUAUUGUAUCCAACGUUCUGCGCCGUUUUGCCUUCCAAAUCUUGGUCUUUGGACAAACUUGCUAAAGUUUGUGCUCAACGAAUGUCAGAAAUAUAUUCUGGGAACAACUACAACAUUGUCAGCCUCUCCACAGGAGGUGCUUUAGCUAUUGAAAUCGCUAAAAUAUUAUCCAAGCAGAACAAAAAUCUUCACCUGUUCUUCGUAGAUAGUGCGCCACUGCGUAUUCAACAAGGGCUGGAAGACAUCGGGGAAGGCCAACAGCUAGAAAUUAAUUUAUUGCGAAUAAUUUUCGACAUUAGUGACCCAGAGAUUAUUAAAAAGCUUACCAAUAGUUCAAACUUGGAAUCAAGAGUUCAAAUGGUGCUGAAAGACAGAACUGAUCUUAACGAUAAAAAUAAGAAACUUUUAGAACAGGGCUUACCCGCCAUUAAAGACUAUAUCGAAAAAGUAAAAUCAUACAAACCUGACAAUAAACCUAUAAAUGCUAAAGUCCAUAUUCUACUUCCUGAAGACUGUAGUGCUUAUGAGAGCUUUGGCUUGUCUGCGUACUUUACGAGUCUGCCGGAAUUCGCCCAGUUCGAUGGAGACCAUUUGAGUAUUAUUGCCAGCUACGAUGUCAGCGAAUACAUCAAUAAACAGCAUUAUCAAGAUUAAUUUUGAUUUUAAAUGAUGAAGCAAUAAAGACUUUUAAUUGAA